AUGUCCCCGUCAUCUCCCAGAAAAUAUCGUCGUCCACGUCAAGACCAACAGCAGAGUAGCACACAGAAUGAGACAUCGUCGACAACGUCGGUCUCUAGUAGCGACGAGCAGUUCACUCGAGUAGCAUCCGCAAAUGUCACAACCACUGUGCUUACAACCUCUUCUUCCUCCUCGCUCUCGUCAUCCUCUCCCAUAUCAUCAUCGUCAUUGCAGUCGUCCUCUUUGUCCUCCUCCUUUUCGUCAACUUCCAGCUCCUCCACUCCGACCACAGAAAGCACUUCCUCUUCCUCGGAUAGCAGCUCCUCCAGUCAGACGACAUCAGUGGCAACGUCUUCCUUCAGCAGCUCUUCGGUGACUACUAUCACAAGUUCAUCCAAUGUAUCAGCUCCAACGUCAGAAUAUUUUCUCGUGACCGAAUCUGAACCCACAUCGAGUCUUUUCACGUUUUCGCCGGUUCCCACUCCGGUCACUUACUCCAUUCCUCCUACAAAUUCCACGAGCAGCCAGAGUGCCGCUGAGGCGUCCUCAAAGGGCUUCUGGUCUGACAAGAAAGCUGUUGCGGGUACCUUCACUGCGCUUGCAUUGAUUAUUCUGGGAAUUGGUUUCGCAAUCGUAAUUUUCUCGAUAAGGAAACGGCGCCGAAACAAGGCUAGGGCUAGUGACCGAGAUACCCUAUUCGACAAAUUCCCUCCUGAACCUGGUCUGGUUUCAACCCCACGCCCCAUCUCGUCGUCAACUCACAGCAUAUCGGAAGAUCUUCACCGUAUGCAACCUAUGGAUCCAGACGCAACAGCUGGUAACUAUUACCAGCAUCAAAACAUGAUACCCUUUUCCGAUCCGCCUUACGCCACUGGGAGCCUCACGGAAAUCACCUACUCCUAUGCAAAAGAUGUGAAUAAUCAGUAUCCGAUUUAUGAUGAAGGCCUGAUCUACGGUUCGGCCAACUCCAGCAAUCAGCAUUUGAAUCCUCCAUCUCAAACUUCUUUCGAUACCCAUGGUGGGCGCAAACCUGGCGGUGCUAGUUCUUCGUCAGAGUCCACCUCAAGUCCUUUCCGCGCCCCCUUGCCCGGUGCCGGUGCCUCUAGAAGGAUAUCCCCAGGGACGCGGUCAGCGACUCGAGACAGAGACUCCUAUCAACCUUCUCUUGAUUCUUUCUAUGGUGUUGAGGGUGUCGGCUAUGCACGUUGA